CCAAGCCAACCUCCAUCAGCUCCUGCCUUUUCCCCUCUCUCUAAAGCUUCCUCUGAAUUCACUCAACCUCUUUUUCUUUUCUUUUCAACUCUCUCUCUCUCUCUCUCUCUCUCUCUUCUCAAGUCCCAAGUGUAGAGAGAGAAAUAAAGAAAGAAAGCUAUUUCCUUUCUCUCUCUAAAAUAUUUCGGAAACAUGGAUGCAGAGAGAAACUUGAGAGGGUGAGUGAAAAGCAGAAAUCUUGGAAGUGCUUUUGUGGGUUUUUGAAUUUGAGAGAGUGAAGAUGUUGGGUUGUGAGUGUUGGUGGUGGAGCGGCAGUGAGUACCAAUUGUAUGAUUACUCAGAGCCACAGCCCUUCUCUCUGCCUUCACCUCUUCCACACUGGCCUCAAGGCGAAGGAUUUGCUACUGGAAGAAUACGCCUCGGAGAAAUUGAAGUUAGCCAAAUAACCAAGUUUGAGAGCAUCUGGAGCUGCAAUCUGUUGCGUGGAAAAUCAAAGGGUGUCACAUUUUAUAGACCUGCAGGGAUCCCUGAUGGCUUCUUUUGCCUCGGUUACUACUGCCAGCCCAAUGACCAGCCAUUGCAAGGGUAUGUUCUUGUGGCUCGUGAAACAGUUGCCAGAAGGGCGGAAGAUGGUUGUACCCCGGACUCAGCAUUAGAGUUACCAGCUUUAGAAAAACCGGUUAACUACUCGUUAGUCUGCAAUGCAGAUUUAAGUGAAAAUGGUUGUGGUUAUAUUUGGUUGCCAAACCCACCUGUUGGUUAUAAGGCCAUGGGUUUUGUGGUCACUGACAUGCCUGAGGAACCCAGCCCCGAAGAAGUUAGAUGCGUACGAGAAGAUCUUACAGAGACUUGUGAAACAAGUGAUCGGAUACUUGCAAUGGAUUCAAAAUUUGAGGUGUGGAAUACACGACCCUGCAAACGGGGUAUGUUUUGCACUGGUGUUCCGGUGGGUACAUUCUUUUGCAGUACCUACUUGGAUUCUAAUGAAGAGCUACAAGUUUCUUGCUUGAAGAAUUUUGAUUCGUCCUUGCACGCAAUGCCAAAUCUGAACCAGAUUCAUUCGCUAAUUGAGCACUACGGUCCCACAGUGUUCUUCCAUCCUAAUGAGGUUUAUAUGCCAUCUUCGGUACAAUGGUUUUUCAAAAAUGGGGCACUUUUGUACCGGGAAGACACUGGGAAUGGUGAACCGAUUGAUCACAGAGGCUCCAAUUUGCCUGGUGGAGGGGAAAAUGACAGUGAUUUUUGGAUAGAUUUGCCAAAUGACGAUGAAGUUAAAAAUCUUAUCAAGGCUGGAAACAUAGACAGCGCGGAGCUAUACGUUCAUGUAAAACCAGCACUGGGAGGAACUUUUACAGAUAUUGCCAUGUGGGUGUUCUGCCCCUUCAACGGACCAUCCGCCAUUAAAAUUGGUUUGGUAAGUUUUGCAUUGAACAAGAUAGGCGAACAUGUCGGUGACUGGGAGCACUUCACUCUCCGAGUGAACAACUUCACCGGAGAACUCUGGCAAGUGUACUUCUCAGAGCACAGCGGUGGCAGAUGGGUGGAUGCUUUUGACUUGGAGUUCAUUGAAGGCAAUAAGCCGAUUGUGUAUUCUUCAAAACACGGUCAUAGCAGUUACGCUCAUCCCGGGACUUACCUCCAGGGUUCAUCGAAGUUUGACAUAGGGGUAAGGAAUGACGCUGCUCGGAGCAAGUUUUUCAUUGAUUCGAGCACCAAGUAUCAAAUUGUCGCGGCCGAGUACCUUGGCAAAGGCGUUAUAUCCGAACCAUGUUGGUUGCAGUAUAUGCGAGACUGGGGUCCGACCAUUGUGUAUGAUGGACGAGAGGAACUAGAUAAGUUGAUUGAUCGUCUUCCGUUCUUUGUUCGAUUCUCGGUCGAGAACUUAAUCGAGUUGUUUCCUACGCAACUCUACGGGGAGGAAGGACCAACUGGCCCUAAGGAGAAGGACAAUUGGUUAGGAGAUGAAAGAUGCUAGCUCUCCAAGCAAAAUUGUCAUCUUAACUACUUUUGUGUGAAACAACGUUGUAAACAAAUUUCUUGUGUAACAAGCAAUAGCGUGAGGCGGGAAGUAACGCCGCCCUACUACGAAAGGUUUGUUCCAUUAGUCGAACCAUGCCAGAUGUAUUUAUUAUCAUCGGAAAAAAAAGUCCGGUAGGGACCCCGAAAAUCUCUUCCGGGAGGGGUGAAGGAACUCGAUCGGCUAUUUACAAAGGGCGUUGUACGGAAUUCCAAUUUCCAUGUCAAACGAGUUAAAACAAAUGGCAUUGACCACUGCUUAAAGUUUA